AUGGAUGGGGCGCAAUUGGCGCGGUGGACGCGAUUUGCAGGCAAGGGAGGAAUUGGAAAGUGCACGGCAGUGAGAGACUGUAUUGCAGAAAGCGGGGAUGAUUUAAUGUUUCUCAAGGACGACCCAAUUAUUGUUCUCAUGCAACUACCCUCACCCGACGAAGGAUGGUUCCUUGGCUACUGUGAAGGCGUCGUUGGGCGAUUCAAUGGCGCAGACGUUCAGUUCGAGAAGGGAAAACCAUUGAAGAAACCAGUCCUUGCAAAACGAGGGAGCAGU